AUGAGGUUGUUCGAUGGUCUCUUUUCUCGGCCUCCGGCCAGGGUCACCAACGGAUCCCUAUUCAAUGACCCCGCCGCUCGUCCUACUAUAGAAACCACCAACAAUGAGAUCACACCGACAGCGCGUUCUCUCGAUGACCAGGACUCGACAAGAUCAGAUCUUGGAAAUGGCAAUAUCAAGCCAUAUCUGGAAAACCCGCAAUACCCGGCGCUUCGUACAGAUCCAAUCUGCUACCCAUCUCCACUGUCUGAAUCUACUCCCCAGAGACGUUCAACCAGAGGCUCCAGGCGACUGGCCGGCUUCAAGACCUUGCUCCGUCCCCGCAAAAGCCAUCGUCAUAUCACGAUACCUGCGCAGGUUGACGGUGCUCCUAGCGUAAGUUCAGGAUUGGCACGCACUCUCAAUGGCGGCCCUAUAGAUUUCGGAGUUCAGGAGGAUCGAUCUCUAUAUACUACUACAGAAUUUCCGUGCAACAAAUUCUUAGAUAUCAAUGUGGAAGCCCGAAAAGUGAGCGACACCACAACCCAAUCGCUCAAUUCUGAGCAAACCAGCGGGACGGUCUGUCGCCAUCCGUCGAGGUCGGCAUCCACUCCAAUCGCUCUUGUGGAUUGCGAAGAAACCAUAACCCAAAACUCAUUUACUGAUACCGGCUGUCUCAUCCAUCAAAUACCAACCUCCAACCCGUUCUCGGACCCUUCCACUACCACCACACUCACCGAAAGCUCCACAAGGCAGCAGAGCUCGGAGUAUAGUGGCCCAAGUACUCGGUUUAUAAACAUCUCAGGGAGCAGCGAAAUGGAAGAAAUCCCACUUGCCCAGAGAUAUCCUAGCUCGAUAAUGGAUGAUGUCUUCCCUCGCAAACCGUCAAAUAGCGGAAAGGGGCUGGUGAAAUUUGAUCAACGUGCAGCAGUCACUGCAUUCAACGAAUUCGGGCCAAAGUUAGGACUUAAGCCCCUCAAACUCGUCAGAACAGACGUCGAUACUUGCUCUGGUCAAAUACCCGGAAACGGUACUGGUCUCCCGAAUGAGAAAAAAUUCUCCAGGCGCCAUACCGGGAUUUUCAAGAGAGUGCAAUCUAGUCUUCAUCUGAAAGUGCCAACUACCACAACACAGCAACGUCCUUUGCGUCGAAUGAGGACAUUUGCACACUUUCCCCUGCGCUCUCAGGAUAUGACCUCGCUGAGAGGCAGGUCACUGGACACCCUGGCUCGACUUGGAGGCCACAGUUUUUUGAACCUCCCGGCGGACUUUGCACCUUCCACUUUGAGGCUCCCCGCAUGCUAUGUAGCCACGGUAACCUACCUGAAGGUUUUUGCCCCUGCCGUGCGAAAUCUGUUUCAUAGCCCGGGGGACUUGAAGACGGCGGCUCGUACAUACGACUACUUUGCGCAGCAAGUAUUAUCGGCCGAGAAGGAACAAGAUCGCAUCGAAUUGACGUUGAGAGGCAGCGAGAUGCCCAUUGAUCUGGUUGAAGUUCUCAACCAAGAGGCACCAGGACAGAAUGUAUCACAGGUUCUCGGUGUUGCGUGGGCAUUCAAGGCCCUUUUAGGCGGGCUUCCUGGAGGCAUCCUAGGGUCGUUCGAGCUUCACUGCGUUCUGGUUGAUAUUUACUACAAACAUGUAGGCGGUAUUAUUGGGCGGGAAACCUGCGACGACCGCCCGUUACCUGGCCGAGGCACCAAAUCUACGGCAAUUGGUCUUGCGAUUCUAGCGCUCACCCGUCCCCUGCAAUACAAUCUGAUCUGCGCCGUUUUCGGGCUUAGUGCGCUCCUCCUCCAAGAGACGGCACGAUCGGUGGAGUUGGAGCAACACGAAAUUCGGGGUGGGGAUACCUCGGCCACGAUGACCCCCGAGAGUCUAGGGCGGAUUCUGGGGCCGCUACUUACCGACAAGCAGAAGGACGAUCAAGAUAUGUUUCGGGCCAUUGAGUUAGAGAUCGAGAGUCAACGGGUGGCCGUGAUGUUAGUGGAUGGGUGGGUUGACGUGAGCCGACGAUUGCGACGAUGGCAGAGUCGAGGCCUCCCACCAGCAGUACGCAGUGGAGAGCACCGGAGAUAUAGUCUACAGUCUAGAAGGACCGCCAGCAGCGACGAGACCGGGUAA